AUGGGAGCAAUGGGAGCAGCGGGAGCAGCGGAGGCGACAAGAGUGAUCGCAGAGGCAGGGAUUCUUGCGCCAAGUGGCCGCGAUUCGCGGAGGAAGUCUAGGGCGGGUGGGGAUGAGGAGGAGGAGAGAGAGGGGACUUUUGAGUCGACUCAGGAGGCAAGGGUUGCGGGGCCAGUUGGCCGUGAUUCGCGGACGAACUCUAGGGCGGGUGGGGAUGAGGAGGAGGAGGAGAGAGAGGGGGAGACGGACGAACGGGGUAAGGGUAGGAGGGAGGAGCGGACGGGGGAGGAUGGAGCAGCGGGGGGGACGAGCAUGGAAGAGGGGCGGGACGAGCGGGGGAAGGGAGUGAAGGGGGAGCGGAGGGGGGAGGAAGGAGUAGCGGGGAAGAUGGGAAAGGCAGAGGGGAGGGGAGAUAUUCUCGCCACUGAAAGGGUUAGCAAGCAGGUGGUGCUUCAUUCAACUGAGAAGGCGAAGGAGGGUGAGAAGGGGAAGGAGUGUGAGAAGGGGAAGGGGGGUGAGAAGGGGAAGGAGGGUGAAAAGGGCAAGGAGUGGGAGGGGAGGAAGGAGAGCGAGAAGGGGAGGGAAUGGGGGAAGGGGAAGGAGGGUGAGAAGGGGAAGGAAGGUGAGAAGGGGAAGGUGGGUGAGAAGGGGAAGGAGGGUGAGAGGGGGAAGGAGGGUGAGAAGGGGAAGGAGGACGAGAAGGGGAAGGAGGGUGAGAAGGCGAAGGAGGGUGAGAAGGCGAAGGAGGGUGAGAAGGCGAAGGAGGGUGAGAAGGCGAAGGAGGGUGAGAAGACGAAGGAGGGUGAGAAGACGAAGGAGGGUGAGAAGACGAAGGAGGGUGAGAAGGCGAAGAAGGGUGAGAAGACGAAGGGGGGCGGGAAGACGAAGGAGGGUAGGAAGACGAAGGAGGGUGGGAAGGGGGGGAAGGAGGGUGAGGAGUCAAGCGAGGCAGUGGAAACUGUUUAUUCCGUGCCAAUCGCUCCUCCUGUUGCAUCAGCCCAACCACUCUCUCCCCCUCCAUUUCCUGCCGCACCUAACCAGCCACCCCAACUCCCCGCCAGUUCCCCGCCUGCCACACCUAGCCAUUCUCCACCACUCUCUACCCCUCCCCUACCUGCCAUCCCACCACAAGCACAACCAGUGCAUGUGGACAUACAGAGAGAGCACGGGGGGGCUUGGGACGGAGUGGGGAAGGUUCAGUUCGAACCAGAGAGCGGGAUUGAGAAGGGAGAGGCACAGGGUGCAAUGGGGAAGUUGCGGGUCGAGCCAGACACAGAGCCCAAGGCGAAGAGGAAGAAGCUGAAGCGGUUGACUAGCAUACAUGUGACGCAAGGGGGUGGGGAGGAGAAGGAACCGGGUUCAUGCCGAGAAGGGAUUGACGGGAGGUGCGCGUGCAGCAACAGCAGACCCUCUGGCGCCUCAGGGAGUGACGGGGAAAGGAAAGGAGCCUUAGAGAUUGACGCGGUUACUGGGCCUGAUGUGGUUGCCAGGAUUGACGGUGAAAGAACUGGUGCAAGUGAGAGGGAUGCGUCUGGGGAAGGGAGUGAGAAGGAAGGAGGAUUGGAGUGCGUGGGUGUGCGAGGGAGGGAAGAAGAGGGAGAGGCGAGACGACAUGGUGAGUUGGAGGGUGGAAGAAGGGGAUGUUUUGAGGUGCGGAGAGAGGGUGAGGAGGAGGAGGGUGAGGGGGAGAGGACGGGGCGUAUGGAUGAGAAGAGUGGGAGGAGGGAGGAGUGUGUUGGAAGGGAAGGGGAAGAAGUGCAUGAGGGGAGUGAUGGGGGAGAGUUGAAAGGGGAGGGGAGGAAAGGGGAGGAGAGGAAUGGGGAGGAGGAGAUGAAAGGGGAGGAGAGGAAGGAAUGCAGGGCAGCAGAGAGCGGAGGUGGAUGUGUGGUGCAGGGGAGGGUGGCGAGGGCGGUGGGGGAGGAGAGGGAGGAGGGGGAGGAGAGGGAGGAGAGGGAGGAGAGGGAGGUGGGGGAGGAGAGGGAGGAGAGGGAGGCGGGGGAGGAGAGGGAGGUGGGGGAGGUGGGGGAGGAGAGGGAGGAGAGGGAGGAGAGGGAGGUGACAGCAGCUGUUGCUGACUCGGUGGCUGCUUCUUCUGCUGCUCAUGGUGCUGAUGGUGCUGAUUGUGCUGAUGGUGCUUACACUCGAAUUGGUGCUGCUGAUGGUGUUGGGGUUUGGGACGCGAAAGGUAAAGAGAGCAGUCAAUUCAAGUUUCAAUCCAAUGGUCAACGAAACAGCGAGGCAGGUCUAGUGCGUGGUGGCAAGAAUGGUGACAUGGGCUUUAAGGAUCGUGGAUGCUUGCAGGGGGAUUGUGCAAUGCAGUGUGAAGGGCGGGACGAUGGGAAGGGAGAGGCGAGGGGCGGAGGGGUGGACGAGCAGAGGGACGAGAGGAGGGGCGAUGGGAUGGGUGAAGGAAGGAACGAGGGCAGGGGAGAGGGGAUGGGCGAAGGAAGGAACGAGGGAACGGGAGAGGAGAAGGAGGGGGAGAAGAAGAAAGGAAAAGGGGAGGAGGACAAAGAGGAGGAGGAGAAGGAGGAGGAUAAGGAGGACGAGAAAGAGGAAGUGGAGAAGGGGGAGGAGAAGGGAAAGGAGGAGGAGAAGGAGAAGGAGAAGGAGAAGGAGAAGGAGAAGGAGAAGGAGAAGGAGAAGGAGAAGGGGAAGGGGAAGGAGAAGGGGAAGGAGAAGGGGAAGGGGAUGGAGAAGGGGAAGGAGAAGGGGAAGGAGGAGGAGAAGGAGAAGGAGAAGGAGAAGGAGAAGGAGAAAGAGAAGGAGAAGGAGAAGGAGAAGGAGAAGGAGAAGGAGAAGGAGAAGGAGAAGGAGAAGGAGAAGGAGAAGGAGAAGGAGAAGGAGAAGGAGAAGGAGAAGGAGAAGGAGAAGGAGAAGGAGAAGGAGAAGGAGAAGGAGAAGGAGAAGGAGAAGGAGAAGGAGAAGGAGAAGGAGAAGGAGAAGGAGAAGGAGAAGGAGAAGGGGAAGGGGAAGGAGAAGGAGAAGGAGAAGGGGAAGGGGAAGGAGGAAGAAGGAGCGAGAACGACGAAAGUAGGCCGAGAAAAGUUGCAGGAGAAAGGAAAAGGGAGCUUCCAAGGAGAAGAGAGUGGAGACGUCUCAGAGGGGGAUGAGGAGGAGGGAGGGGAGGAUGUAGUUAUGAUUGAGCCCACAGGAAGAGGGGGAAGAGGGAGGGGCGGGAGGGGAGGGAGGGGAGGGAGGGGUAGUAGAGGAAGGGGUGUGAAAGUGGACCAGGGGAGGGGGAGUCGUGGUGGUGGCGGGAGGGUGGGUGAAAGGAGGGGAAGGGGGAGGGGGAGGGGGCGAGGAGGGAGAGGAGGGCGAUAUGGGGGAGGGAGUGGGCGUGGGAGGGGAAGGUCGGUGGAGAGGGAGGAGGAGGAAGAGGAGGAGAGUGAGAGGACGAGUGAGGAGAGUGGAGAUGAGGAGGAGAUUAGGCAGAGGAAGGUUGGGCGUCAGGGAAUGGUGGGGAAGAGGGUGGAAACUGGAGGAGACGACAAGGAGAGUGGGAGAAAGAAAGAGGAGGAAGAACGUAUGGGAAGGAAGGAGGAGGAGGAGGAGGAGAGGGAAGAUUAUGUGGCACAGAUGGGACGGAAAGAGGAGGAAGGAAAGGAAGAUGAAAUGGGAAGCAGGAAUGAGGAGAAGAACGAUGAAAUGGGAAGCAGGAAUGAGGAGAAGAACGAUGAAAUGGGAAGCAGGAAUGAGGAGGAGAACGGAGGGAAGGAGAUGGGGGGUGGGGAGAUGGAAGAGGAAGCUAUGGAGGAAGGAGGAAGGGAGGGUGAGGUCAAAAGAGGUGAUGAUUGUGAUGGUGAUGGUGACAAGGAGGAAAAGAAGGAGGAGGAUGAAAAUAAGGAAGAAGAGAAUAAAGGGGUGGCGAAUGAGCCUGGUAGGGUAGGGAGUGCGGGGAAGCUUCUGGAAAAGAGGCGGCUUGAGGAGGAGGAGGAGGAGGAGGAGGGGCAGGGGAAGAUGAAAGAGCAGGUGGUUGAGAGGCAGCGGGAGGAAGAGGAGCAGGAGGAUCAUGCUGUUUCUGAUGCUGCUGAUGCUGCUGCUGAUGCUGCUGCUGCUCCUGCGGCUGGUGAUGCUUCCGCUGCUGCUGCUGCUUCUGCUGCUGCUUCUGCUUCUCCUGACGAUGCUCAUGAUGCUAACGAUGAUGAUACUGACGAUACAGAUGAGGAGGAGGAGGAUGAUGAUGAGGUGAGGGUUGUCAAGGGAGAGAGCCAGGUGAGGCGAACGCGGGACAGGGACAGGGAGAGGGAGAAAGGGCUCCCCCGCCGGGACGUCAUUAAGCUCAGAGCAGUGCGAGAGCUCAAGGGAUUCGCAGGCAAGCAGGACGUGGGACCAGGAGGAGGGAAGCUCGGGUUUGUCCCCUAUGUGUCCAUGGGUAUCAGCCCUCUGGCUCUGCAGGGAGAGACUGUGCGCAAGAUUCAUCGAAUGCGGACGCCGCGGCCGUCCUUUGUGAAGUUUGUCACCCGCCACGUCAUCGCGACCGCGGAUAAGGGCCUGGAUCUGCCCGGGCCGUUCGUGAAGCGCCACCUGGCGGAGUCCGAUCGGAUGGCUGUGAUUGGCCCGGGCGGGCGGCGGUGGGAUAUGCGGUGGGGGGUGUACUCAAAGGGAGUGCCGGUUUACCGGCUGAAGGACGGGUGGGGAGGGCUGGCUGUGACACUGGAGUUACAGGAGGGGGAAGCGCUGGUUUUUGAGGUGGAAAAGCCGAAUCUGCUGCGGCUGCAUCUGGUGCAGUUUGGGCAAGAUGUGGUGCUAAAUACGAGUGCCAUGGUGGUGCCACUGGUUGAGGGAAAGGAGGAGAGAGUGAGUGGGAAGAAGAGGAGGAGGAAGCAUCUGGGGAAGACAGGAGGUGUUGAACAAGGUUACAAGGAGGAGGAAGAGGAGGAGGAGGGGAGUGAGGGGAAGGAGAGGCAUGAGGAGGAGGAUGCGGGUGAGGAAGGUGGAGAGGAAGGGCGGUGGAAGGAUGGGUGGAGGAAUGAGAGGAAGAAGGAGAGGGAGGAUGAGAGGGAGCAUGAGAGGGAGCAUGAGAGGGAGCAUGAGAGGGAGCAUGAGAGGGAGCAUGAGAGGGAGCAUGAGAGGGAGCAUGAGAGGGAGCAUGAGAGGGAGCAUGAGAGGGAGCAUGAGAGGGAGCAUGAGAGGGAGGAUGAGAGGGAGGAUGAGAGGGAGGGAAUGGGGAUAGGAGGAGAUCGGGCAGGGAGUGUAGCAGCCAAGGGGACAGGCAAGGGGGAGAAGAGAUUCAAGAUGAGCAGUGGUAAAGUGGGAGUGAAAAAGAAGAGGCAAAAGGCACUCCCACUUUACCAGGGGCAAGGACCUGGGGACAGGGGCACGGACGACCCGUACCUGAGCAGAGGCACGGCCGACCCAAACCUGAGCAGAGGCACGGACGACCCGUACCUGGCUACACUGUUAUGGGUGCAGCGAGUGUGGGCCGAGCACCAGGCAGCCUUGGCCCGAGCAAUGGAGGAGGAGGAGCAGGAGGAAGAAAAUGCAAAAGAGGCGGAAGUGAAGGAGAAAGAAAAGGCGGAAGAGGAGGAAGUGAAGGCCGAGGGGGUGGUGAAGGCAGAGGAAACGGGGGAAGAGGAGGCAAAGGGAGGUUUGGAGAAGGGGGAAGAGAGGGGAUGGGAAGGGCGGGGUGAGGGGCGUGCGGAUAAGGGGGAAGGUGAAGGGGAGGGGGAGGCGGGAAGGAAGAGGCAGAGGACGGGUGAUGAAGUGGGGACAGAUGGUCCCUCUGCUGGUGCGGCCCCAGGUGGUUUAGCAGAAGCACCUGACGCAACACCUCAUGCAAUACCUGACGGAGGACCGCACGAAACGCCCGAAGAAGCUCCUAUUGCAUUACUACUGGGUGGAACGCCUGCCAAUAAGGCUGUCAAGACACGGGCCAAAACACCGAACAAAACACCUGGAAAAACUCCUGGCGGUUCUCCUGGCAUGCCCCCUGGAAGAACACCUGAUAAAACACCUGAUGUGAAACCUCUUGGAGAGAGGGUGCCACAGAGGGGUGUGAAGGGGCGCCCUACCAGCAGCGCUCUGAACAGAAAGGCCUCGCUGCGAAGCCGAGUGCGCAUGCCAGCCACCACCGAGUACCUUGGGGUCACUCUCAAGGCCCCCGGGAAGUACCAGGCACGCAUGCUGGCACGCGACGGGACACGUCAGCGCCACGUGGGAUUCUAUGCCACUGCUGAGGAGGCUGCGCUGGCGUAUGACGUGGCAGUGCUGCGCGUGCACGGCACACAGGCGAAGCUGAAUUUCCCUGCGGAUGAGCGGAGAGGGGAGGGCGGGAAGGAGGCGGCGGGUGGGGGUGGUGGCGUGGCAGGCGAGGUGGCAGGCCCGAAUUUGGGGAGUUUGGACAGCUCGCUGUCCCCUCAUGGGAAAGCUGGAGCCGAAGCUGCGGGAGAGGGUGGGGCCAAAGCUGAUGGCGAGGCUCGGAAAGGCAUGGAGAAAUCAGCAGUAAAUAAGAAAGAGAAAGGCAGGGAAGAGGAGGACAAGGAGGGCUUGACCCCAUCAGAACCGCCUUCCCCAGUUGUUACCUCUUCUGCAAUGCUACCUCCCCCAGUCCUCUCCUCCACAGUCAGUCGCAAGGUAAGGAAGCGCCACCCCCCUGGGCCCCGCACCUCUGCCCUGUCCCCAUCUGCCUCCAAGACCGCUGCUCAGGUGUUUUCUCAGGUGCCCCCUCAGGUGCCAGCUGGCCAGGUGUUUUCUGAGGUGCAGGUGGGGAGUGAGGGAGGUGGGGUUGGGGUGAGGGUGGUGCGUGAGGAGCUUGAGGGGAGUGCGUCGGAGAUGGUUGGGGUGGUGGUUGGGGAGGUGACUAUAACGGGGGCAAUGGGGGCAAUGGGGGCAGUGGGGGCAGUGGGGGUAGUGGGGGUAGUGGGGGAGGUGGGGGCAGAGGAUGGAAAAGAGGGACAGGAGCAGGGAGAGGUUGCUACAGCCCGAGCUGCCAGGUGUCAGCAGAUGAUUGGGCCAGAGAGGGACACUGUGAAGAGCGGCGGGAGGGGUGAGAUGAUGGAAGGGACUGGGCAGGUGGAGAGUGGUGGGGAUGGGAGUGGCAGGGUUGAGAGCGGUGGUGCUGUGGGCAGUGCGGUGCAGGGGGAUGGAGGGAGGGGUAGGGGUAGGGUCAGGAAGAGGCAAAGGCCAGGCACGGGCAUGGGCACGGGCACGGGCAUGGAAUUUGUAAGACCACAGGAGAAGGAGGGCACAGAGGAAGAGCAUGGAGCUAUGCCUUGUCAGCAGCAGCAGCAGCAGCAGACUGAAUCAUCAGCCCCUGCAUUAGCCGUCCCUCCUCUGCCCUCCUCCCCCCAUCCCGUGCUCCUCUCCCUCCCCAGCAUGCCACCCCCAUCGCGCCGUCCCUCCCCCGCCCCUACCACCACCACAAGUCCCCUCACCCCCCCCCCUGCACCCGCGUCCUCACAGCCCCGAUCCGGACCUGUUUCUUCCGAACAUGUUUCUUUCGAACCUGAGGAUCUCAGGUCAGGUUCCAGACCUGUAGGUUCCGAACCUGCUGGUGCG